GUUGAAAGCAUCCAGCAACGGUAUUGCCGACAAUCCAUUGCGGACGACAAUCAUUACCAAGAUGCCUCCUCGUCCCCCAAUAAAUAUCUUAUUAUCGGCACUUUACCUGCAACUGCCCGCGCCGCUGCGCACACUUCCAUGCCAAGCGCAGCGGAGAGGCAUCAGGUCCAUCCUUAAACCACCCCCGAAACCCAACAGGUUUGACCAGUCCGCACACCACGGAGCGCCAGAGGCAUUGUCAAGGUCUAAGGUCCUAGAACGUAAAUCAUACACGAUUCCUCAACGAACAGGCUUGCUAGCCAUAAAGAAGGGCCAUGUGUCCAUUUACGAGCCAGACACGGGACGACGCAUGCCAGCAACUGUUCUCCAGGUAGACAGAUGUCAGGUCAUAAGUUACAAAACUUUGGAUAAGCACGGCUAUUGGGCAGUGCAAGUUGGAAGUGGGUACAGGAAACCGAAGAACAUGACAAGACCGGAACUUGGACAUCUAGCAAACUACAAGAUAAGCCCGAAGGACAAGAUCGUUGAGUUCAGAGUCAAAGAUUCAAAGGGUCUUCAAGUUCCUAUUGGAAGCGAGCUGAAGCCGGACUGGUUCACUGUUGGGCAGUAUGUUGAUUGUAGGAGUAAGAACAAGGGAAAAGGAUUCGCUGGUGUUAUGAAGAAACACGGCAUGUCCGGCCAACCAGCCUCUCAUGGUCAAUCCCUUACUCACCGAACUCUUGGCUCCGCGGGUGGUUCACAAGGUUCGGGCUCGCGCGUACACCCGGGCAAACGCAUGGCCGGUCGUAUGGGUGGCAUCAUGCACACAGUUCAGAACCUAAAAGUUCUCAUGACGGAUAGCGAAAAGGGCAUUUUGGUUGUAAAAGGCUUGGUUAGUGGUCCGAAGAACUCGUACGUCCGUGUACAGGACAGUAAGAAGAUGCCUGACCAGGUAAAUAAACUGGGCCUGAAGAUGGGUGCUGAACUUGAAGUGCAACCAGCGAAGGUUUUGACGAGCACAGGUGAAGCUUCGCCGGAGGCGGGCCUCGUAGCUGAACAGCUGAUGGCAACGGAGGCAUUAGAUUCGGGUGCUGCCCCAGAGGCUCGACUGUAGCUAGUACGAAAGGUUGAUUCACGCCUCUCCUGUGAAUAAUUCGAAGGAGACAUGUAGAGUAUAGUUUCCAGAUUUAUGAUUGUAAACAUACAUAUAUUAAACUCUGAACCUCCA